CCCCUUGCCCAGCAUUGAGAUGCAGCUGCUCAUGUGGGGUACGGGUGCUGGUAUUUGGGGACCUGGCGCUGAGACGUGGCCCCCUCCGAGGGGGGAGGGGCUGGUUAUAUAGUGAGCCCCACUGAGAGGGGGCCCGUCUGGGGUGGGCGGAAGGGCUGGUAUACAGGGACCCAGCGUGCCAGAAGAGGUGCAGUCAGGGGGCCAUGGACCACCCACUUUUUACCAGCGUAAGGGCAAGCCGGGGUGGAGGGGGCGAGGAGGAGUGAGCGGGAGCCAAGGACUUGCAGCGAAGAGACGGGGCGGAGAGGUAGGGCUGGGCCGUGGUUUGGGCACCGGUGGGCCCCCUCCUCUGUUACGGAGCUUCCCUCACUCCUGUGGGGACCCCUCACCCGGCCCUGACAUACAGCUGACUCUGGGGUGGGGCGCAGGAGCCAGUUACAUGGUGACCCCCUUGCAGGUUGCUGAGCUGCAGCUGGCUCUGGGGUGGUGUGGGGGGGCUGGUUACAUGGGGACCCCUUGCCUGGCACUGAGCUGCAGCUGGCUCUGGGGUGAGUCUCUGCACUGGGCUCUUUAGCUCUGUGCCCUGGCACGGGCGGGGUUAACUGCAGAGCAGCCUGUCUAGCCUGAGUCUCUAUGGCCCAACACGUGAUGCCCAGCUGGCACAGCCCGGCCCACUCCAGCGAUCAGCCGGGUCUGCCCCAUCCAGCCCAGACGCUCCCCCUGCUCCCCGUCUGUCCCUCUCUCCAGCCCCCAGACACCCCCCAUCUCUCUGUUACCCUCCCCCCGACAAAGGGGACCCGAUGUGCCACCUCCCUGGGCUGGUUGUGUUUGACCUGGAUUACACCCUGUGGCCCUUCUGGGUUGACACCCACGUGGACCCCCCCUUCCAGCGGGGCAGGGCUGGCUCGGUGCUGGAUGCCCGCGGCCGCCCCGUCCAGCUGUACCCCGAGGUGCUGGCCGUGCUGGAGCGACUGCAGGGCCUGGGCGUCCCCAUGGCAGCCGCCUCCCGGCGAGACCCGCGGCGCCACCCAGCUGCUGGAGCUCUUCGGCUUGCACCGCUUCCUGCACCGGGUGGAGAUCUACCCCGGGGGGAAGAGCGCCCACUUCCACAGGCUGCAGCAGGACACCGGGGUCCCCUUCGCCCAGAUGCUGUUCUUCGACGACGAGGAGCGCAACAUCCGGGAUGUCAGCAAGCUAGGUGUCACCUGCGUCCUGGUCCCCAAUGGAAUGACCCAGGUGCUCCUCACCCAGGGGCUGGAGGCCUUCGCUCGCUCCUGCCCCCCCGCACCGGUGCCCCCCACUGCGUCUCCCCAAGGGGCAGAAUAAACUCCAGAGUGACUGA